AUGAUAACAGACGCAUUCCUCGAAAAAUAAUCCAGUAAUGUGCGUGUACAAGUACAGGAAGAAUAUGAAUAUCCUGAACAAGAUGUCAAUUUUACAGGUAGAAAAUUGACUAAAGAAUUGAAAAAUGGACCUAUUGAAAUAAGAGAAUUCAAAAACAUAAAUUGGAUUAUUCUAUAUUUUGUAAUAUGGGUCUUGAUGAUCUAUUGUGCAAUAACAGCAUGGGGGAAAGGAAAUAUUUAUGACAUAUAUAUGCCCUACGAUUGUAUGUAACGAUAAUGUGGAAGUGGUGUUACCAAAGACUAUCCAAAUGUUUAUAUAUUAAGUGAAUUAGAGUAUUAUUGUGUUUCUCAUUGUCCUGGAAUAAGUGAAGUUGGUUUAGAACUUCCUUGCUAUCAAUGUUCUGCAAAGCCAGCACCUUAUUCCGCCAAAUAAUUUUUUACUUUGUGUGUCCCUCCUGAAAGUGAAAACCCAAUAUAUCAAAAAAUGGUGAGCAAAAUAAAUUAUUUCGGCGAUAGUUAGCUAUAUUAUGCAGACAUUCAAGAGACAUGGCCUAUAAUUUUGGUUUGUGCUGGAAUCGCAUUUAUUAUUUCUGCCAUAGUUCUACUUUUGGCUAGAUUUGCAGCAGGAUGUGUAGUUUGGGGAAUGGUUGUUUUAAUUAUCUCGAUUUUAGCUUGGGCUGGGGGAGCGUGUUAUCUCUAAGCUAUAGGCUACAAUGGAGGGGUUAAAGAUGAGAAAGUUUCUAAAUCUCUAAAAUUAACUGCUUAUGUGAUUCUAGCUCUAGGAAUAGCAGGACUUAUUUUAGUGAUCUAUUUUGCUAAAAAAAUCAAACAAGCCAUUAUUAUACUGGAAGCAGCUAGUGAUUUUAUUAGAUCGGAGUGGUAGAUUAUUUUUGUUCCAGUGUUUAUGUAAUUUAUAAUAAUUGGAGUAAUGGCCUACUGGGUAGUAUUCUCAGCUCUCAUUUUUUCAGCUACCAGCAAUGAAAAUAAAACUCAGAAUAACCCUUAUGUUAUAUUAUAUAUGGAUAUAAAAACCUUUUGGUAAAUAGCCUUAUAUUUAUUUGGGAUGGGUUGGAAUGUUUGUUUUUUAAACGCGCUAACUCAAUUUGUUAUCUGUACUUGUUGUUGCUAUUGGUAUUAUAGUCAUUAAGGUUGUUCAAGAAAAGGUACUAUUAAAAAAGGUUUUCGUAAUGGACUCACAAAAAAUUUAGGUAGUCUUUUAUAUGGCGGAGUUAUUUUAUCUUUUAUGUGGUUGAUUAAAUUCAUCAUAUCGUAGUGCUGUGUAAUUUAAAUUUUAGUAAAUUAGUACUUUUAUAAAUGUAUGAUUAAAAUUAAUAAACAUAUUCCAUUUAUAUGUUUUUGUUAUUUAUACACAGCAUUGUGCGCUCGUUGUUUUGAUCAGGUAAUUAAGUUUUUGGAUAAAAAUGCUUAUACAAUAAUUGUAUUAACAGGAAAUGACUUUUGCCGUUCUGCAGUUGAUGCCUUCUAUCUUGAUUUUAGAAAUUCUACUCGUAUGACCAUCACUCAAGGAUGUAUGAACUAUUUAAAUUCUAACUUAGUGGGCGAGAUUUUUCAAUAUUUGGGAAUUAUUUUUAUUGGAGCAACUUCAGCCACACUUUGUUACUUUACUGUUAAGGAUAAAACCAAUAUUUUGGAUCCAUUUGUUCCCACUUUAUUCGUUGCCGUUAUUUCCGGUUUUAUUGGUUCUAUUUUCAUGAGUUUAUAUGGAUAUGGAGUUGAUACUAUAAUGUUCUGUUUGAUUGUUGAUGUUGAAUAAAAUAGAAACGAAGGAGGUCCCAAAUCAGUCCCACCAAUCCUUAAAAAAUAUGCCUUAGAAGAAAAAUGA